AUGGGUGACGCCGGUCGUAACUACCACAGCCUGCUGAGCUCGUUCGGCGGGACUCGGCACGCUCAGUCGUUCGGUCCCCUGGCCGACACAUCGGAGCAGGUGUACAUUUCGUCGCUCGCCCUGUUAAAGAUGCUGAAGCACGGCAGGGCCGGCGUUCCGAUGGAGGUCAUGGGUCUCAUGCUGGGAGAGUUCGUCGACGACUACACAAUCGUCGUGGUCGACGUCUUCUCUAUGCCACAGUCUGGUAAUAGUGUCAGUGUCGAGGCAGUCGACCCUGUUUACCAGACCGAGAUGAAGGACCAGCUGCGGCGCACUGGGCGGCCCGAGGUCGUCGUCGGCUGGUAUCACUCCCACCCCGGCUUCGGAUGCUGGUUUUCAGGCACCGAUGUCAAUACUCAGCAGAGCUUCGAGCAACUAAAUCCUCGAGCUGUGGGCAUUGUGAUCGACCCUAUACAGUCGGUGAAGGGCAAGGUGGUCAUCGACUGCUUCCGCCUCAUCAGCCCGCACCUGAUCAUGCUUGGCCAGGAGCCGCGGCAGACGACCAGCAACGUCGGUCACCUGAGCAAGCCUACAAUUAUCGCCCUCGUGCACGGGCUCAACCGCAACUACUACAGCAUCGUUAUCAACUAUCGGCGCAGCAUCCUGGAGACGCAGAUGCUGCUAAACUUCAACCGCAACAAGUGGGUCGACGACCUGCUGGUCCGGGACUUCGCGGAGCGCAGGUCGGACAACCGCGAAAUAGUCCGCAACAUUAAAAACCUCUGCGAGAGGUACAACGAGUCGAUAAAGCAGGAGAUAUCCUCGACACCUGACGAGCUCGCGGUCGCCAACGUGGGGAAGUUGAACGCGAAGCUGCACAUCGAGAACCACGUAAACCGGCUGCUCAAGGACAAUUCUUUGGACACAUUCGGCGCCAUGUUGGGCGUGGAAAUGUUUUAA